AUGGUCGCGCGACCUCGAUUGAUAGGACUGCUAGCCGCACACUUUGCAACAAAAGAUGCGAGUCGGGUCGAUCGGUUGCGGAGAUUGCUUCGCUCUGUCGAAGAGCAGACGCUGUCCGUCCCUUUGCUUGUGAGUUGGUCCACGGAGGAUGCGGAGGACCGGGCCUCCCAAGACGGCGUGGCCGAACGAGCCUCUGCAGUCAUCGAUGACUUCCAAAGAAGGGGCGUCAUCCAUGCGAUGCCCCGAUUGAGGGGUCGGCGUGCACAGUUCCAACACUACGCACGCUUGCGGGAAAGCCUGAAGCGUCACAUUCAGCCAUCGGAUCAGCCUUGGGUAUUCUUCUCGGACGAUGAUGAUCUGUGGCAUCCGCGCAGGGCUGAGGAGUAUGUAGUGGCGAUUCAGGACAGACCCGACGACGUGCCCGUCGUGCACUCAAGGAUCCACUUGUCUCCUGGCCUGGGUCCGCGCCUGCCGCUGGAUGCCACAUCUGCAGAGGUGACGCGGAUGGAGGCCACAAGGGCAGUUUUCUAA